AUGAUUGAUAACUUGUUAAAAAAGGAUGAAGCACUUCUUCAUCUACCAACCAUUCCAAACUUUUUCGCUGGCCAAGAAAUUUUCAUUACUGGAGGAACUGGAUUUCUUGGAAAAGUUUUGAUUGAGAAGCUUUUAAGAUCAUGUCCAGACAUUAAGACAAUUUAUCUUCUAUUAAGACCAAAGAAAGGACAUUCAAUUGAUGAAAGAUUAACAUCCCUUUGUGAUCAAGUUGUGUUUGAUGCGUUGAGAGUUUUCAAUCCAAAAUUUAUGGAUAAACUAGUUCCAAUUGAAGGUGACGUGUCACAACUUGGACUUGGAAUGUCAGAACAUGAUAAGAAAAUGAUGAAAAAUGUGUCAAUAGUUUAUCAUUCAGCUGCUAGUGUUCGAUUUGAUGAUUCAUUAAAAUAUGCUGUAUUGAUGAAUACUAGAGGAACUCGAGAAGUUAUGGAAUUUGCCACAACUCUACUGAACAUCAAAUGUGUCAUGCAUGUAUCGACAACUUAUAGCAAUCUUGGAUAUGAUUCUGUAAAGGAAGAAAUUUAUCCGGCGAUUGCCGAUUGGCAAAAGACAAUUGAGAUCUGUGAAAAAAUGGAAGAAAAUGUGCUUAAUUUUGUCACAAAAAAAUACACAAGCUUUAUGCCGAACACUUACGUAUUUUCAAAAAAUCUAGCUGAACAUGUUUCACUUCAUUGUAAGGACAGACUUCCAGUUAUUAUUUUUAGACCAUCUAUAGUCUUUAGCGCAUGGGAGGAACCAUUUAGAGGUUAUGUAGACAAUUUCAAUGGUCCGAUGGGAAUUUUGUUAGCUUCUCAUAUUGGAAUUAGUAAAACCAUGCUCUGUGAUCCUAAGAAUAUACUUGAUAUGUUGCCAGUCGAUGUAUGUGUAAAAGCUAUGAUCAUUUCUAGUUGGAAGCGAGCUCACGAACAGCAAAGUGUGCUUCCCGUCAUCAAUGCAGCUGCAGCUAAAAUGAUUACAGUAACAAUUAAUCAGCUAUUAGAUAUUGGAAUUAAUGGUAGUUGUGAAGAAUUUCCUCCCGGAAACUUAGGAAUAUUCGUCCAAAGUGGUGGUGUGACUUUAUGUGCAAUAUGGAACUUAAUCCGUUGUUUCUUUUUCCAACUAAUACCAGCUAUGAUUAUUGAUACAGCUCUAAAAAUUAAAGGAAUGAGACCAAGAUUAAUGAAACUUCAACGCAAAAUGUAUGAAGCCAACAAGGCUCUAACAUAUUUUACAACCCACAACUUUGACUUCCAGAAUGAAAAUUUCAUAAAACUAGCUUCAUAUCUAAGACCAGAAGAUCUUAAAGCAUUCGACAAUACCUCUCACUAUAGAGGCUCAUUGAUUACAUAUUCUAGAUUUGCACUCUACGGAUUUAGACGAUAUUUAUUGAAUUUCAAAGAUGAAGAUCUUGAGAAAGAUAGACAAAGGGCACAUAAAAUCAGAAUAGCUACAGCAGUUGUCAAAUAUUUAAUGUAUUUUAUUCUAUUCUGCAUUAUAAUCUUUAAAACAGAUAUUUUAAGCUUUUUACCACAAAGAAGAUCUGAUUGCUCUGUGAAUUAUCUCAGUGAUGGUGAACGCUCUCAUUCUUUACGAUUUAUGGAUUGA